AUGCAAAAACAGGAUUAUUUGAAGAAUGCGGGGAGUGAGGGCAUCUUCGAUGAAAUCCUUGAGUGUUUUUACGACAACAUCACGUACACACCGUUUAUACAUGUCGAAGAUGACCUGGAUAUCAAUGGCGACCGGAUAAUCGCCCACAAGGCACGGCGGAAACCAAUUUUCGCUGGCGGCGCGGUAGAGGUCGCGAAGAAUUCGUCAAAGGAGCCAAUUGACCCGUAUACUCUAAUUAUCGAUGGAAAAUUGGAUGCGCUACGACCUAGCCUCAAGGAUGUUAUGCAUCUCGAUGACUACUAUACGUAUGUUGGGACUGCUAAAUCUCUCAACUUGAAAGAGCUUCAGAGAACUUUCUUUAGGACUGGGCUGUAUUUCUUCCGUAAUACAGCUUGGGUAAAGGGUCUCAUGCACCAAUAUGAGGCCCAUAUUAGGCAAGGAAAUGAUGGUAUACCGGUCACGUUCAAGCCCCCAUUAGAGCAAUUCAAGCCCGAUGUCCUUUUCUCGACCGAUGGGGCUGUAGCUUUGGUCGAUUCAGCGUAUAAAAAGCACAAAAACGCCUUUGUCUACGUUCGACAUGGCAGCGUUGAGGAGGUCUUGCUCGCUGACGAUGAAGACGAGAUGAACGACUGGUUAGCAAAACUUAAUUAUGCCGCUGCAUUCAGAACGUCCGGUGUGCGGAUGAGGGGUGUUGUUGGUGGCCACUACGAAGGCCAGAGCCGCCGUGGCAUUCGCAGACUGGACAACGCCGACGCGACGCAAUUAAUCCGAACACCAACUGGCGACGUGAGUAUCGCCCGGGGCCAGAUUGAUCAUAAGAUGGCUGAAGACAUUCUCGCCGCGCGCCGUGAUAUUAUGCAGGAAAAAAUCGCCGAUGCCGCCGACAAACUAACGGAGGUAGAAAAGCAGCUAGAAACGCAACUCCGAAAUGCUCGUCAUCUACAGAUUCUUGCGCCAAUUCAGACAAAGACGCGCGAACAGGUGCUCUUAGCGGCUGCCCGGAUCUCUGCACAGCUCAAGUGGACUAGGAUGGAAAUCUGGAAGUUACGUUGCCACCGGGAUAUUCUCCUCCAGGAUCUCGAAGAGGAGCGCGUCGGGUUAGGACUUGAACGCGAUGUGUCUCCCGGAGAAACCCUUCAACACCCCGCUGUUCCUCCAGUCGCUCCUGUAGUGGAACUCCCAACCUCUACGGGCAACGCGGGAGCGCAACCCAUUUCAGAUUCCCGACUACCCAGUAAACCUGACCCAUUAUCUGAUAUCGAAGGGAAAUCCUUAGAUGCCCAGAUGUCGAUCACCCCACCACGGGGCGAUAUUGAUGACGGCGAACGCGAUCUCCUAGAAAAAGCAGGUCUUCUAGACAUUACGCAUGGAUCAGUAUUAGAAGGUCAGGUCCCCUAG